GAAUGAGCCUCUUUUGUAUAGAACAGUCUUUGGAAGAAUGUCAGUGGUGCCCAGCCUCCUGGGAGUAAUGCCUUCUGUGUUCGGAAACCAAUGCUUAAAAGAUGCUCAAGCGACUUGCCCAGGUGGAGGAACCCUGAUGCAUGCAGAGCAAAAAUCCUGCAUGGAUGGAGAUCUCAAAAUUUUCCCCAGUGGGAACAAGUUGCCUGGACUCUCAAAAGACGAGCCGCUCAAUGAUGCAGACAAUCCUUUCCUAAAAUGUGGAGAAAAUGGUGGAAUGGACAGAAACGCAAAAGAGACGGCUGAUCAGAUGAAGUGGAUUCGUCCGGAUUUACCCAGCAAAUGCACCUGGAGGCCAGGGGCUCCAAUGUCAGAGUCCCCUCAUAGCCAGCCGCCACGCAUCAAACCACCAAGCAUCCUCCCCAACAUCCUGGGACACAUCGGAUACACGCCUCUGGUUCGCCUGAAUAAAAUCCCAAAGGAGUUUGGGUUAAAGUGUGAAAUUUUGGCCAAGUGUGAGUUCUUCAACGCAGGAGGCAGCAUUAAGGACAGAAUCGCUCUGCGGAUGGUGGAGGACGCUGAGAGAGAAGGGAUCCUCAAACCAGGGGACACAAUCAUUGAGCCCACUUCUGGAAACACAGGAAUCGGCCUUGCUCUCCUAGCAGCUGUGAAAGGCUACCGCUGCAUUAUUGCAAUGCCUGAGAAGAUGAGUAUGGAGAAAGUGGAUGUGCUAAAGGCUCUCGGGGCAGAAAUUGUGCGAACUCCUACAUCUGCAGCAUUUGAUUCAGUGGAGUCUCACAUUCGCACAGCUUGGAGGUUAAGGAGUGAGAUUCCAAACUCGCACAUCCUGGACCAGUACCGUAACGCCAGUAACCCCCUGGCUCACUAUGAUACAACGGCUGAAGAAAUCCUGGAGCAGUGUGAUGGUAAACUGGACAUGCUUGUGGCCGGAGCCGGCACAGGUGGUACGCUCACAGGUAUCGCUCGAAAGCUAAAGGAGAAGUGCCCCAAUGUCAAGAUAAUCGGUGUGGAUCCUGAGGGCUCUUCGCUGGUACAGACUGAAGAACAUGAAAGUGCUCAUUUUGAGGUUGAGGGUAUUGGAUAUGACUUUAUACCCACUGUACUGGAUAGAUCUCUCGUAUACAAGUGGUACAAAUCAAGUGAUAAGGAAACGUUUAACAUGGCACGCAAACUAAUAAGAGAGGAAGGCCUUCUUUGUGGUGGAAGUUCUGGCUCAGCGAUGGCGGCAGCAGUGAAGAUGGCUCAGCAGCUGGAGGAAGGACAGCGCUGCGUGGUCAUCCUGCCAGACUCUGUUCGUAACUACAUGUCUAAGUUCUUGUGUGAUCAGUGGAUGUGUGAGAAAGGUUUCCUGGAGAAUCCAAGUGAGGUCAAACCCUGGUGGUGGGACCUGACCAUCCACAGCUUACACCUGUCCAACCCUCUGAUCAUUGCACCAUUCCUUUCCUGCCAAGAAGUCAUCAAGAUGCUGAGAGAGAAGGGCUUCGAUCAGGCCCCGGUCCUCGAUCAUUCUGGUGAACUCCUUGGGAUGGUGACGCUGGGAACCAUCAUGUCCAGUGUGCAGGAUGGAAAGGCCAAACUGUCAGAUCCUGUCAGAACGAUGCUCUGCAAGGACUUCAGACAGGUGCACCUGACAGACAAACUGGGGAAGUUAUCCUGCAUUCUCAAAACACAAACCUAUGCGCUGGUGGUGAACGAUCACACCAAGUGUGGUUCAGUUCGUCCGAUGCAGAAGGUGAUGGGCGUCAUAACAACCAUUGACCUCCUGAACUUCCUCACCACACAGGAGGACCAUCAACACCCAUAGUCCUAAAGUUUGCUGUCAGCACAGUAAAACUGAAAAUCAAUGAGAAUAGUUCUGCUUUUAAAGGAUUUAUUAAUAACAUCAUAUAAAAAAAAACUUGCUUUAUUUGAUCCUUCUGUUUUGUCUUUCAACAUUGCAGCUGUAGGUCAGUAUUUUUAAACCAUAGUAAAACCUGAUUAGUUCAGUAUUGUAGUUUGUUGAUCCAUUUGUAGAAAAAAAAAUUAAAGAUUUGUUCAUAUUUGAGGUAUGAUCUUUGUAAUGUAGAAAUUUUGACUGGUGACAGAGAUAACUGAUUUAGAGAUGAAGUGUAUUUAUAUUAACUCACAAUAAGCUGUUCUGCCUGAUUCAGUGAGAGACUUGAUUAAAUUAGAUCUUUGAAAAUAUAUGCAUAGUAAUUAGAGUAAAAACAGACACUUUAAAACUUUUUUUUUUAUUGUUUACUAACUAAGUUUUUAUAUUGUGAAGUUCCUAAGUUUUAGGGCUGUUUUUAUUCUUAUAAACCUAGCUGGAAGCAGAGGGAUUAAUGUCGCCACCUAGUGGGCAAAUUGUGAUAGUUAAGUAAAACGAUGUUUGACUAUAUAGUAAAGUUCAGGCUUUCUUUCCUAAUUUUGCUUCUAUAAACUUUCAUUUGAAUUAAAAAUAGUCAAAUAAUAAACAUUUUGAUAGAA